AUGAUUUGGGCCGCCUGCUUGCUGGCGUACGGCCGCAUGCUGCGGGGCAUGUUCAGGUUCCAGCACUUCAUCCGCUAUCCCGUACAGAGGGCGUUGAAGGGCAUCUGGGUGGCCUCCGCUAAAUCCCUGGCGGGCGAUUCAGAAAAUACAAAGGACGCAUAUGGCCGGGAAAAGGAAACUAAGGCUGAUACCGCGCUCCGGAUAUCACCACUUGCAUGUGGCGAAGACCAAAACACAGAGCCCGAACCGGACAGCGAACGCAACACCUUGCAAUCUGUCACCCCGAUCGUACUCACCGCACCGAUAGAUAUUCCCUCCAGCUGUCAAUCCACUUAUAGCUGUGCUAUUGACGUUAACAGGUCUGCGGAAUCUGCAACGAAGUCCAAGACGUGUACCCGAAGGUUUGCUGGGGGCCUGUAG